UGAGUGAGUGACUGAGUUUACCCCUAUGAGGCGGUGAGAGGCCCGGGGCCUACUUCAAAGGAGCGGGGUCACAGCGCCGGCCAGCAGCGUGCUCCCUCCUGGUUCCCGGGCCCGGCGGCGCGGCGGCGGCUCGGUUGUGAGGAGGUGAGGAAGCUGGUGUCCGGCUCCCGCCAUGGAGGGCAUGGACGUGGACCUAGACCCGGAGCUGAUGCAGAAGUUCAGCUGCCUGGGCACCACCGACAAGGACGUGCUCAUCUCUGAGUUCCAGCGGCUGCUUGGUUUUCAGCUCAACCCGGCUGGCUGCGCCUUCUUCCUGGACAUGACCAACUGGAACCUGCAAGCAGCAAUUGGCGCCUAUUAUGACUUUGAGAGCCCAAACAUCAGUGUGCCCUCUAUGUCCUUUGUUGAAGAUGUCACCAUAGGAGAAGGGGAAUCCAUACCUCCUGACACACAGUUUAUAAAAACAUGGCGGAUCCAGAAUUCUGGGGCAGAGGCCUGGCCUCCAGGGGUUUGUCUUAAAUAUGUCGGGGGAGACCAAUUUGGACAUGUGAACAUGGUGAUGGUGAGAUCGCUAGAGCCCCAAGAAAUUGCAGAUGUCAGCGUCCAGAUGUGCAGCCCCAGCAGAGCAGGAAUGUAUCAGGGACAGUGGCGGAUGUGCACUGCUACAGGACUCUACUACGGAGAUGUCAUCUGGGUGAUUCUCAGUGUGGAGGUGGGUGGACUUUUAGGAGUAACGCAGCAGCUGUCAUCUUUUGAAACGGAGUUCAACACACAGCCACAUCGCAAGGUAGAAGGAAACUUCAACCCGUUUGCCUCUCCCCAAAAGAACCGACAAUCAGAUGAAAACAACCUAAAAGACCCUGGGGGUUCCGGGUUCGACUCGAUCAGCAAAAACACAUGGGCUCCUGCUCCUGACCAAACCGAGCAAGAUCAGAAUAGACUUUCACAGAACUCUGUAAAUCUGUCCCCCAGCAGUCACUCAAACAACUUAUCAGUAGUGACUUACAGUAAGGGGCUCCACGGGCCUUACCCCUUCGGCCAGUCUUAAACGGGUCUCAGCAAGAAGAAAACAAAAGACAGAAGGCCUGACUUUGGUGGGGGGGAGGGCAAGGGGUUCCUCUGGAUUGCACACCACGCCGGCAUGGACCCCUGGCUCUGACCCCCCAUCCCGCAAGAAGAGGAAGAAGCAGAACAGACUAGUUUUGAGUAAACUCAGUAUGCAUGUGUGAAUGCUGAAUCGCAGGAAUGGUGUUGAGGCUACCAAGAAGAAAUCCAUGCAGCCACCUUGGGUUUUGUUUAUUAGGGCACCAGUCUAAUGGUCAUUAGGUCACUUGGGAAGGGAAAAAAAAAUUUUUAAUGGGGGAAAAAAGCCAUCUUUUUAAACAAAAAUUAUUUUGCCUUCAGAGAGGUUGUAGUUUUGAGCACAUGUUAAUUUUUUUUCCUUCUUUCCCCACUUUUUUUUUUUUUAAUAAGGGAUAAUUUACUCUUUAUAGACUAGCUGCUUGCUCUGGAAGCGAUUCAGGUUAAAAGCUAGCGUGGCAUGUUUGGGGACUCUGUGGGUCAGUGCUACAAGAGUCAUCUGCCAUACCACAUGACUCAAGAAGUCCCUGACCCCAUUUGUUUUUAAUGGCAUCAGCCCUCCUCUUUUCUUUUUUAUCUCCUGUUGAUUUACACUGUUGACAUUUGUAUUCAUCAACCCUGUGGCUUGCUACCAUCAGAACCUCUCUGAAGACCAAACUUCCCUGUGGCCAGCAGAGGAAGCCUUGAGGACAGAUAUCAGGCGACAUGGGAGUUCAUGAGGCUGAGAGGUGUUCUUCUGUGCACACUCAUAGCAAUCCAAAUUGCUUUUCUUCCAUGUUUCUCUUGGCGGAGAGAAAUGCCACAUCAUACUUACUGCUGUUUUGGAGUCUUCAUCUUCAUCAAGUGGUUCCCCAUUUGCUCUAGAAACAGUGCCUCUGUGUAGGGGUAUGUGUGCAUGCACCACAUGCACACACGCGGGUGUUGGUGCAUUUCACCAAGUGUGCAGCAGGCAAGUGUGAAGGUGUCAUGUGCUUCUCUGUUGUCAUACAACUCCCCUUUGUUUGUUUCCCUCCCAUUGUCCUUUGUGGUGUUUUUCACAGCCUGUUAUGGAGGCUUAGCUAUUACUGAAUGAAAAUACAGCCCAAAACUGGGAAUUUGCCAUGGGGAAGGGCUACGGGUCGGUGACUGCUUGAUCUUGGAGACCACGUUUAGAUGGAAAUGAGAGGAAACCCCUGCCCUGAGCAAGGGGCCUAGUAUUGAUGGGAUGGUGGGCAAAGGGCAGUCCAGUCAGAGCAGAGGCUGAUUGGCCGAUUGCCCACUUGUGCAGGAAUCCUGUAGAUUCCAAACAGGUUAAGACGUGGAUAUCUCCAUGGGAAGCUUGAACCUGGCUAGAACAGCUGUCUGCCAAAGAUAAAAGAAUAUGCAAAGUCCCUCUUCUCUUCUCACCCCCUCCUUCCCUUGAGUCUUAGUUGAUUUGAUAGCCGGGGAUUUAAGGGAGCCAGGAGUGUGGAUCUAGGGUGCGGUUGCAGGGUCGUCUGCCUGUUACUACACCCCAACCCACCCUGGGGGUAUGAGCCAGGGAGACCAGGUGAUGAGCGGCUGCAAGGGGUGAUAUAGCCUGGGUGUGGGUGAGGGUCUGCCUGCCUGUGUCUGUCUUGGUGUCUGAGUUCCAAAAAUGUGUGUUGUUUAUUCCUCCUCAUCCUUUUCUGAGAGUGUUGUUUUUUAAAGCUUGAUUGUGGGAGAAAAGCUUGUAUGAGAUUUCACCUUCCUCUCCUCAACUCCCCAGAAAUAAAGGGGAGGAAUAUACUUUGGUCCACUGAAGAAGUCCUAGAGAGGAUGGAGCCAUCCUGCUUAGCAGGGGGUGCAGUUGGGUCUGGGGCUGGACCAGGGUUUACCCUGGAGCACCCAUUUUCUAUGCACAAGGCGAGAGCCCCAUUACCAACAGAGGGAAGCCCCUGCCAGGUGUCCAGACCACAGGGCUCAGUAUGGCUUUUGUCUGAGGGCCGUAUUAGGCCCAGACUGCUGCUGCUGUUGGUGCCAGCCUCCUGGGACACUGGCACCCUGGAGCCCAUGCAUACCCAGCCAUUCCUUCUCACUUGAUAGACCUUCACAGUAGCAUACCCCCAGCUACCCCUGGCAGGAUCAUGGGAGGUUUCUUAUUCUCCAGUUUUCUAAUUUCCUCAUCUGCCCUACAUUUGGCACUCUUUCCCAGUUUCCCAGGAGGGGCUGCCUACCCUGAUUGAGCAGGGCUUUCACAGGACACUGUCAGUGAACCUGGUCCUGCCAGAGUCAUCCUGCUCCUUCUCUUGCUGGUAGGCAACUCCACUUGGCCAAUUAAAUGUCCUGAACGCCUUUGCUUUCCUCCCAAGAACAAACCAUUUCAGUGCACAUCCUUGAAGGGGGUGAGCUCCUUGCAGAGAGCCAGAACAAGUACAAGCCUUGGAUUGGGGGCAGAGUGGGUCCAUGGCUUCCCUGGGUGAGGAGGGUCUCAGAAUACCAUUCAUUCUGCCUCCCCUCACUGGUAUCGGUUCUGAGCAGUGCUUGGAGUCCCUCACUCCCUCCCCUGCAUAGAAGCUACCCUUAGCCCCAGUAAUCCCUGCUCCUCUUGGAAUCUUCACCAAGUAGCAGGCUGCCUCUGGGCAGGACCACUAGGGUCUGGCACCCAGGAGGUGUGGUAGGCACCAUCCCUAGGGGCCUGAGCUUAGUUGGGGAGGCAGAGGGGCUCAGGCUUGGGAAGAACUUAUCCAUGCGCAUGGAGUGAGUUGUGUGUAUGUGUGUGCACGUGUGCAUGCCUUUUUCUUUUUGCUGUGGAAACAGUUGAAUUUGGGGCAUUUUUCUACAAAAAAACACUCACCCUUCUCCCCCAGCAAGGAACACUGUAACCCUAAGCCUAUUGAAGAUUCUUCCAGCUUGGAGAGAACUUCACCAGGACAGCUGGUGUGGCUGAGGGUGGCCAAGGUGAGAAGUGGGCAUGAGAAUAAACACCUCCCCAAAUUCGAUCUGAGCUCCAGCACAAGAAGAUGGUGGGGUUGCCAGGGCUCAGAAAUGUCAACUGAUUCCCCACCCCACUCUGCCUAGCCUUGCCUUCCCUUUGUGUCCUUGGGUGAAUGGCUGCCCCCUCCACCUGGUGUGUGUAGCAAGUGAGCUGGGUGGGUGUUUGUUGUGGGGCCUUAUGGUGCCUGGGGGGAGAUGAAGAUGAGGAGGUCUUUCCUUACUGUGUAAAUGAAUAUUUGUAUGAUUAAAUUAACACACACACAAAAAAACCCUUUA